AUGGCAACUGGUAUAUUUUUAUUAUACAAUAUGUCAACGAAACACGUUACGAAACAAAAGAGGAAAGGUUCCAAUAUUAAGAAAUUGCACAGUGUGUUGAAGAAUUUGCUUAACGAUAACAAGAAUGGAAUCGGAAGGAAAGUGACAUCGAAUGACGAUGGAACUGUAGUACAGAAUGAUGUUAUCUAUAUAAAAUCAAAGGAAAACCAUCUGAUACCCAAAUUGACAGAUGCAGAAGUUUUGUUAAAACAUAAGGUGGCGGAUGAAAACAUGAAGAAAACAUGGUUAGAUAUCAUAUCAAAAUACGAGAAUCCAGAGAAUCAGAAUAGUGAUGUGAUAGAUCUGAAAACUGGUGAAAUCGUAGAGGAUAAUGGCCAUCUACGAACAUUGUUGAAUAACCGGGAUAAAACAGGUACACCGUUAGGAAAAUUAGAUGACCUUUGGAAAGAAUCCGGAUUUGAAGACGGCAAAGACACAGGAAACAAAGGAAAUACCGAAUUAAGUUCACAUUUAGAUAAAUCAAUUAUCGAUGAUUCAAACGAGGAAGCAGAGGAGCAAGAGGAAGAGGUUGAAGAAGCUGAUGAUGACGUUCACACAAGCCAAAUAUACAGUAAGUUCACCAGAGACACCUGA